AUGUUUGUUCCAACUUUGACCAAUACCCUCUUCGCCACCGUCAUCACGAUGAGUAGUCUCGCUCUUGGUGCGGCUGAUCAUUGGAUCAUAACGCAAGCGCAGACGAUCGCAAUUGCAAGGAUGGAUCCCAUAGUCAACCCAAAUGCUGUCAGUGGUCACGUCCAUCGUGUGGUCGGAGCAUCAAAUUUCAAUUGGCAUCUGAAUAGUCCUCAAGAUCAAGUUGAAGCCGCUUGUAGCUCUACCAUCAUUGGCGACGACAAGUCGAACUAUUGGGCUCCUCAACUCUACUAUCGUCACCCUAAUAACACACUCACUGCUAUCCUUGGUGGAGUCCGGAUAUAUUACUUCAAUAAGAACAAAGACGUCAAACCUUUCCCGCCGGGUCUCAACAUGAUUUCUGGUUUAGCCAUGAAACGUGAUUUGGCCGCUACUCAGAGUUUGGGUCUCAAGAUCGCUUGCGACCAUGGUCUGCAAACACAAUGGUUACCAAAUGGCACAUCCCACCCAGGCGGUUGUUCUGCCAUCUCGAUGGGUAUAUACUUCCCUUCAUGUGGUCUAGCAAAUGGUGCUCUCACUUCUGCUGAUCAUUUCUCUCACAUGGCUUGGCCUCAAAGUUACGAUGGACCUAAUCUUGUUGAUGACCCUAACGGUAUCGUUUGCCCCGCUUCUCACCCAAUCAAGUACCCUACCAUCUUCGCUGAGUUCAAUUACUACCUCGAUGCUGAUCACCCCUGGAGAAAUGACGAAUGUACAUUUGUCCUCGCAAAUGGAGAUUGUUCCGGUAACAACUUCCAUGCAGAUUUUGUAAAUGGCUGGGUACCUUCAACUCUUCAAGCAGCUAUCAAUCAAUGCGGAUUCGGUAAAGGAGUAGGAGACAAUCUUGAUGCCUGUGCGCCACUGAAAAAGACCAAAUCUGAGCCCGCCUCAUGGGAAUGUAGAUUAGAUGGUGGAAUCCCAGAUGAGGAAGUUGGAUUGUACAGACCUAUCGCCAAACUACCAGGAUGUAAUCCACUCUGGAAAUCCGGUGUUGAUACAAAACCCGGUUGUUCCCCAACACCUGCGAAUCCAGGUUACGUUUAUCCUAAUGCCUACUUCGAGAACCUUAAGUUCCGGAACAAGAUACCUGUUGCUCUUGCUGAAUUGAAGGAUGACGCCGAUAUCACAACAUUCAUUCCUUCGGUCGGAGACAAUGGAGCCGGAAGACUCGGUCGAUGGGGUACGGAAGGUUCGAACAAAGAUCAACUUCGAGCUGGUACAUGGCAAUCGAUCAUCAAUGCCCUUGCACCCGGUACGAAAGCCCCUCCUGUCGGAAACAUGAUCACCUUGCCCGGUAACCAGAAGCUCAGCGCAGAACCUCAAGAUGUUGACUCCGAAACUCCAGAAGAGGAGACUCCAGUCAUCGCCGCUGAGCCCCAGAACAGUACUACCACUCCUACCACUGAUUACGCAGAUCAACCAAGUGUUGUCAAAUCCUGCAAGAGGAAGAACAAAGGGUUGUUUCCCCGAGCAGGAGAUGCCAUAUCAGCUCACCUGUCUCGAAGAUCAAGGAGAAGAUCGCAUCACCCCUAG